GGCGUCGCGACGCACUGUAGUUAUACCAGUCUUGCAGUCUGCUUCAUAUCAUCGUCGAGCAUUGUGUUCGGACGUCCAAUUUUUUUGCGAAAAAAGUCGAAAAGCAAGUGAAAAUGGUUCUCGAAGUUAAAGAUGCGGCACAUCUAAAGACUCAGCUUACUGAGGCUGGAGACAAACUUGUGGUCAUCGACUUCUUUGCAACAUGGUGCGGGCCUUGCAAAAUUAUUGGACCAAAACUCCAAGAACUUUCCGAGGAAUUCCCGGACGUUGUUUUCUUGAAGGUUGACGUUGACGAAAACGAGGACAUCGCUACUGAAUAUGAAAUUUCCAGUAUGCCUACCUUCGUUUUCAUCAAGAAUUGCACAAAGGUGGAUUCCUUUUCGGGAGCCAACUCCGACAAAAUCAAGACGACCAUUCUGAAACUUAAGUAGAAGAAACUUAAAUAACACGAUGUUUUUAUUAUUAAUAUAGGCAUUCUGUGUAAUGUUUUGUGACAAUUUAUUUCUAGACGUUAAAAGAAUCAUGUAUUUUUUAUCUGCUUGCCUUAAAAACAAGCUUCCGGUGUUAACUUCAGUGAUGAAGAACUUAAAUUUGCUAUAGACUUUUCAGCAAGUUGCUCCUGAUUAUAAUCGAAUUUCAGAAAUAUAUAAUAUAAAUAUUACAUA